GUGGCUAAUUUAACGACUACAAUUUGAACUGAGGAUUAGAAGAGAAGAGAGUUUGCAUUUGGCACAUAGAUAGCAAGCAUGGCGGGUGUGGGUUUGUUUCCUAAUUUUGUGAGAUAUAACAGUUCAUAUCAAAACGCUGUGCCUGCGGAUGUGAAGUCGAAGUCGAUGUCAAAGUCGAAGUCAGAAGCUGAUGUCGUUGUUAUUGGGAGUGGCAUUGGUGGACUGUGUUGUGCAGCACUUCUGGCAAGAUACGAGGAAGAUGUGCUUGUUCUGGAAAGCCACGACCAACCCGGUGGUGCUGCCCAUUCUUUUCAUGUCAAAGGCUACAACUUUGAUUCUGGGCCAUCUUUAUUCUCUGGUUUGCAAUCAAGGGGCCCUCAGGCUAAUCCCCUGGCACAGGUUCUGGAUGCGUUGGGCGAGUCUCUUCCAUGUGCUUCUUAUGAUUCAUGGAUGGUCUACAUACCUGAAGGUGAAUUCUUGUCGCGCAUUGGGCCUACGGAAUUUUUCAAGGACCUUGACAAGUAUGCGGGUCCCAAUGCUGUAAAUGAAUGGCAAAAACUUCUAGAUGCUGUACUUCCAUUAUCCACAGCUGCAAUGGGUCUUCCCCCUCUAUCUAUCCGAGGAGACUUGGGUGUUCUUUCCACUGCUGCAGUUAGAUAUGCCCCUUCUCUCUUUAGAUCCUUUCUUCAGAUGGGGCCUCGUGGUGCUCUUGGAGCUACAAAACUUCUCAGACCUUUCUCAGAAAUACUUGAUGAUUUGCAACUGAAAGACCCUUUCAUACGCAAUUGGAUUGACCUUCUCUCUUUCUUGCUUGCUGGGGUCAAGGCUAAUGCUAUACUCUCGGCAGAGAUGGUUUACAUGUUUGCAGAAUGGUACAAACCAGGAUGCUGUCUUGAGUACCCCCUUCAUGGAAGUGCAGCUAUUGUUGAUGCUCUUGUGCGAGGACUAGAGAAAUUUGGUGGAAGAAUUUCUCUUCAAAGCCACGUGGAAAAGAUUGUUGUUGAAAAUGACAGAGCCAUUGGGGUCAAGCUGAGAAGUGGUCAAUUCAUAAGCGCUAAAAAGGCUGUUGUAAGCAAUGCAUCGAUGUGGGACACUUUAAAAUUGCUACCUGAAGAAGUUGUUCCGAAGUCUUAUUCCAAUAGGAUUAACACGACUCCUCAAUGUGAUUCAUUCAUGCAUCUCCAUUUGGGAUUUGAUGCUGAGGGUAUACGCAGUGAUCUGGGAAUUCAUCAUAUAGUUGUAAAUGACUGGAAAAGAGGAGUUGAUGCCGACCAGAAUGUUGUGUUGAUAUCAGUACCGAGUGUACUUAGUCCUAAUCUGGCACCGCUGGGGAAACACGUGUUACAUGCUUAUAUGCCAGGAACUGAACCAUUUGAGUUGUGGGAAGGACUUGAUCGUAGGAGUUCUGAAUACAGAAAUCUCAAAGCUGAAAGAUCAGAGGUAAUGUGGAGAGCUGUGGAGAGAGCAGUGGGCCCAGGUUUCAGCAGGGAGAAAUGUGAGGUGAAGUUAGUUGGAAGUCCACUAACACAUGAAAGGUUUCUUCGGAGAAACAGAGGAACAUAUGGGCCAGCUGUGCAAGCUGGUACAGAUACCUUUCCUGGACAUUCGACUCCUAUCCCUCAGCUUUAUUGUUGUGGAGACUCCACCUUUCCUGGCAUUGGAGUCCCAGCAGUUGCUGCAAGUGGUGCCAUUGUAGCAAAUUCGUUAGUCUCAGUAUCUCAACAUUCCCAGCUGCUAGACGCAAUUGGAAUAUGAAUGCAAGAAAAAUUAUCUUCACGUGCGUGCGCGUCCCCACGCUUGCACAAGGAAGACACAGUUUUUGUACUUCUCAUGUAGAAACUUCAUCUUGAGCAAGAAUUUCUGUUCGGCUUGGCUUGGCUUUGCACAUCUAGCAUGCUUUGCCUAGCCCUCUUCUUUAUCCACUUAUCACUUGUGAUUGAGUUGUUACCAACUUACCAUGCUAUAUGUAAGUUCAUAAAUGCUAAACAGAAAUUGUGCAUUUUGUAGCAUUUGCUAACAUGAUUAAGGUUAAAUUUUUUAAAAGGUUAGCAACAUAUACCAAAAUAUUUAU